AUGGUAAAAGCUUAUCAAGAAAGCAAUUUGAAUCUGAAACUGAACCCUCCUAUAAUUGGAAUUAAGACUCCUAUGAAAAAUAGCGUGCUACAUAUUGCAGCUUGGAAUGGUAAUGAUGACAUUGUCGCACUUUUAAUUGAACGUGCUCCAAAACUUUUGUUCAAAUUGAACAAAAACAAUGAUAGUGUAUUGCACGUUGCUGCUAGAAAUGGACGCAUAUCAACCAUUAAAAAGCUUUUAGAAGGUUAUACUAAUUUUCAACGGCAUGAUAUAAAAAGAGCAUGGUUUAAAUACAAUGAACGGGAUAGUGACACUUAUGACUAUGAUGAGUAUGGUGAUAAGUCAAAUAUGAAGGAUCUGUUAAAUUUUGUGAAAUUGAAGAAUGAUCAAGGCAACACUAUGUUUCAUGAGGCAAUGUUAUGUCACAAGAGAAAUAUUGAUGGGGAUACGAUUUUCAAAGCCUGCGAACAAUACAAAAUUGAAGAAAACAGUACUCUAUCUUGCAGUUGA